AUGAUCUGUAUUAUCAUUCUGUUCUAUUCCUUAAAAUUUACAAUCGCAGGUGAGCAUCAACGUAGGUUGUUAAAAUAUUUAUUAGAAGAAAAUCAACAUAAUCCAUUGGAACGACCGGUUUAUAAUGAUUCUCAUACGUUGACGGUGACAAUGAAUUUAGCUCUGCAACAAAUCAUUGAUUUCGAUGAAAAGAAUGAGAUUCUGGUUUGUAGUGGUUGGUUAGUUCUUACAUGGUAUGAUUAUAGUUUACAAUGGAAACCGGAAGAUUUUGGCAAUAUUCAAACUAUUCGUUUGCCUAGUACACGAGUUUGGACACCGGAUAUUAUUCUUUACAACAGUGCGGAUGAUAAUUUCGAAGGAACAAUAAAGACUAAUUUAGUUGUUCAAUCUAAUGGUAGCAUCCUUUUUGUUCCACCGGGCAUCUUCAAAUCGAUUUGUGGGUUAGUAAUAUACGCAUACAUUUGUCUUUUUUCGGAUAUCCAAAAUUGUACAUUAAAAUUCGGUUCGUGGUCAUUCGAUGAAUCUUAUGUCAAUUUAACUACUGAACAUAGCGAAGGCCAAUUGGAUGCUUAUGUCAAGAAUGGAGAAUGGGAUUUGCAAAAAUUUUUUGUCAUACGAGAAGCAGUUGUGUACGAGUGUUGUCCAACUGUCUAUCCGUUCGUUUUAUUUACAAUACAGAUUCGUCGACGUACUCUCUAUUAUGUUAUCAAUAUUGUUGUUCCAUGUGUAUUGAUUAGCUUCAUGACUGUGCUUGGAUUUCUCCUGCCACCGGACAGCGGUGAAAAACUGACACUUCAAAUAACGAUUCUUCUCUCGAUUGUGAUGUUUAGUCUGGUAAUCUCAGGAAUUAUCCCAGCUAGUUCAACAGCGCUUCCAACUAUUGUGACAUAUUUCACGACACUUAUGUGUAUGUGCACGAUGUCUGUCGUAGCAACUGUUGUCGUGCUUGCACUUCAUCAUAGAAACGCCAAAAAUCAUACGAUGCCGAUAUGGAUUCGUGUGUAUAUUAAUCAAUAUUUAGCAUGGUUUUUGCAUAUGAAACGUCCAGGUCAUGAUUUAAGUUGGCGCGCCAUUCGUCAUCGAAGGUUUCGUCAGAAUGAAAAAUUGAAUACUAAUCAUAGUAUGACUUUGAAUAACAACUAUAGACUCCCAUCGACACCAUUACUAGAAAAUUCAUCAAAAUCUUUACUAGCUAAUAUAACGAACACCGAUGAUCAAUUGUAUGUGCCAAUGUUCAAUCAUAUUCGUCCUUGUACAUCGGAUUCUGAUACGAAAGAACCGUUACAGCCAUGUGAUAUGAACUAUAUACGUUCGAAUAUUCAUUCGAUUCUGUCCGAGCUGAAAUUCAUGGCUGAUUCUAUCCGACGCGAAGAGGAAGAAGAUGACAUAUCACAGGAUUGGAAAUUUUCAGCAAUGGUCAUCGAUCGUUUAUGUUUGAUUUCGUUUACUAUUAUGACAACAAUCUUCACCUAUCUAACACUUUUCUCUGCGCCGAAUUUUUUUCAACUUCGAUAA